AUGGGCUUGAGAAAAAAGGUCGAGGCGACGAUCAAGUCCUUCUUCGAUGCGUACAUGGAGGAUGCAAGCCAAAAUGAGACCUCCAUCAUCAACCGCGAGGUCCCCCAGACUGCACGCGCCACUUUCUCCCGCGAGAACUUUGCCAAGGACAUGGCCGUCUCCAAAUUCGAGUCCACCACCAUUUUGCACCUCGUGGUCGAAUCUGAAGCUCUAGAGGCUGCCUUUACGUCUACUUCCGACAUUUCGUUCAAAGACGGCUAG